GUCUGAGGCAGAGCGGACUGAGGGCUGCAGGAGACGGAAGGACUGUUUUCAUUCUUUAUCUUUCACUGUUUGGUUUCGGUUGUUCUGCUGACCUGACCAUGCCAGCAGGAACGUUAGAAAGAUCCUCCCCAUCCGCUGUGGCUGCGAUCCCGGCCAGAGGGGACGUCACACCGGGGAAACCCCGCAUCCCGUCAGAGAGCAGAAAGUCCUCUAAACCAAUUAUGGAGAAGCGGCGACGCGCCCGGAUCAAUGAGAGCCUGGGUCAGCUGAAGACCCUCAUCCUGGAGGCCCUCAGGAAAGACAGCUCCAGACACUCCAAGCUGGAGAAGGCGGACAUCCUGGAGAUGACUGUGAAGCACCUGAGGAACCUGCAGCGGCUUCAGACCACAGCUGCAUUAAACACAGACCCAUCCAACCUGGGGAAAUACAGAGCCGGAUUCAGCGAGUGCAUCGGGGAGGUCACCCGUUUCCUGUCCACGUGCGAAGGGGUCACUGCAGAGGUCCGAACCCGCCUCCUUAGCCACCUGGCUGCCUGUGUGGCUCAGAUCCAUUCCUUGAACCUAAGCACCCCUGGCCUCGGUGAGCUGGGACAGACCGGCGGCGUGCCGGUCGCAGCGCACCCAGGCCUUCAGCUUCCGCUCAAAGGUGUCUCGGUUUGCCCUGAAGGACCGAAGCUGUACGGAGGCUUCCAGGUCGUGGCGUCGCCAGACGGACAGUUUGCUUUUCUUAUUCCCAACGCUGCUCUCACACCUCUGAGUGUCCAAAACAGCCAUCCGCUGUCGCCCGCUGCACCCGCCGUCACUUCAGACUCUGUGUGGAGACCGUGGUAGAAACCAUAAAAAGGACAAUGAAUCCAGGAAUCUUAUUUUUUUAUAUUUUGUAAAUAAGUUUUUUUUUUUUUACGUCAAUGUUUUUUAUUUGUAUAUAUGCACAGGAAGUGAUCCUCCUCUGCCUCUUUAGUGGGCUUAAAUAAAUCCUGAUCAAGUUCUUGGAAAGCACUGCAUGUUCAUAAUAAU